AUGGCCUCGCUACCCGAAGACCUCGGUAUGAUUGCUACUCUCCAGUACCUGCAUCUCUACACUCUCGAUGAGCUCAGCGUUCUUCCGGAUUCCCUCGGCCUGCUGUCUGGGCUGAAGGAGCUGAGAAUCGUUGACUGCUGGGAGUUGGAGGGUUUCCCGCAGUCUGUUUCGGCCAUGGGGUCCCUGACCAGCCUGGUUCUCGACGGGUGUGCUGUCAGGGCGCUGCCCGAAGACAUCGGGCAGCUUCAGAACUUGAGUUUUAUGAAGCUGUCUUGCUCCAAACUCGUGGAUCUGCCCGAGUCUUUCGGGCAGCUCGGGAAGCUGAGGGGGCUGAUUCUGCAUGCGUGCUACGACCUGGGUGAACUCCCGGCCUCCUUCUCGAACCUCGCUUCACUGGAAGUACUGGAGAUGUAUGGCGCGCCCUAUCUUGAAGAGUUGCCUCCGGGGUUUGAGAAGCUGCCGCAGCUGAGUAGAUUGGAGCUGUUUAACUGUGCCAUCGGGGAACUACCUGACGAGUUUGGGGGCUUGGCGAACUUGAGAGUAUUCAAGAUCGGUGCCAGGGAUACUUAUAACAGGAGAGGGUUGGAUGCUGAUAUCUAUUUAUCUGAUGGUCCCAGGAGUUCGGAAGCAGAGGCUGUUUCCGAGUCUGACUUACACGGGUCAUGUGGACUUUAUCAAUUUCCACCGUCCUUGGUUCACCUCGCCCGUCUGGAGCAGCUGAUAAUAGACCGAUGCGAGCUGCUAAAGGGGUUACCAAUGGGCAUGGGAAAUCUGUCCAGCCUCAAAGUGCUUGAGGUUAUCAACUGCGAGUGUCUCCAGGUCUUUCCGUCGCUCUUGCCCACUCUUGCUCAAACCAAUGAAGCAGGAACUUGUGUUGCUGCUGAAGCUGCUGCUAAUGCUGUUAUUGCUGACAUCAUUGCCGGUGCUGUUGCUUCCAACGCCCAUCUCUUUAACUACAUACCUCUCCCAUCGCUCCAGCGCCUGAAAAUCUCCGGGUGCUGCGAUUUGCAAUACCUCCCAGAGGGCCUCGCUAAGCUACCUAGGCUGGAAGAUUUCACGCUUGCAGACUGCAACAAGCCAAGAUUUGCCGACCAGGUCGUCUGGGCCUUCACUAGACCGGUCGACCCCCUGCCUCUUUCUGCACCCAUCUCCCUUCCUCGCUCCCUGACCUCCAUUUCCAUUUCCUACACCUUUGGGUUUGUUCGCUACCUCCCAGAGUCCUUUCUUUCUCUCAGCCGCCUUACAAGCCUGAAUAUUCAAGGUCUCCACUCACUCAAGCAGCUGAUAGCCCCUCCGACCCUUCACCAGAUUCCAGCCGAAUGGGAGGGGGAAGCCACAUCUGGAGAUCCUCCUGUCAUCACAAGUCCUAGACUCACCGUAGCCAUCGGGCAAGCUAGGUUGGAGCUCCUAUCCUCUCUCACCUGCCUCAAUAUCAGCCAUACCAGUUUGCCUGCGCUUCCAGAUAACCUGAGCGACCUGAGAGCGCUGAAAGCACUUGUGCUAGAGGAGUGCUCUGCCAUGCCACUCCUUCCUGCCUGCCUGCCCGACCUCUCAAAUCUCGAACAGCUGACCAUCAAGUCUCUCCCGCUACUUACCCACCUGCCCGAAAACCUCGGGCAGCUGAAUGUUCUCAGCCUGCAUCUUGAAUCAUGUAAGGACCUGCAACGCCUUCCUCCUUCCCUCACUCUCAUGCCCUCCUUGAAAUUCCUCAGCAUUGUCGACUGUCCCCGUAUCACCAGCCUCCCAGAUUCCAUCUCCUCCCUCUCCCGCCUCGCAUCUCUGAAGGUUGAGCGCCUGCCUGGUCUGCACCAUGUCCCCCCCACUCUCCCCCUCCUCCCGUCCCUUGUCAAUCUUUCUCUAAAAGGGUGCAUUGGCCUACGUGCGCUGCCCAACGACUUGGGCGGUUUGUCCUGUCUGAGGGAGGUGGAUCUGGACGGGUGUUCGCAGCUAGAGACUGGCAAGGGUGGCGGUGCUGGGAGCAAGAGAGCAGCUUUUGCAGCUGCUGUGAGAAACGCAGCUUCUCUGGUUACUAACGUCCCUCGUAAACUAAAGGAGUCUGCUGCUCCGAUAAAAGAGGUGUCUGGUAGGCUGAAACGAGCUGCUGACGUGGCUGCGGAGGCACCUAGAGCGUUGACCCAGGCUGCGGACGAGGUAGGUCGGAAGGCCGGGCAGAAGCUGACUCAGCUGCCGGAUUCUGUCUUUGACUUGGGUCAACGCACUGGUCAACGCGUAAAGGGAAGGUUGGGCGACUUGGCAGGUGAUAAGAUAGGGCAAAAUUUGGGUCAACUGCCGGAUGCAGUCUUUGACCUGGGUCAACGCACUGGUCAACGCGUGAAAGGCAAGCUGGGAGGAUUGGCAGGUCACAAGGCAGGGGAGCAGUUGGUUCAUUUGCCUGAUUUUGUCUUUGACUUGGGUCAACGCACUGGUCAAGGCGUUAAAGGCAGACUGGCAGAAGUGGCAGGUCAUAAGGCUGGACAGAAUUCGGUUCAACUGCCGUUUUCUGACCUAAACGUGGGUGAAAUUCCGGAUUCUGUCUUUGACUUGGGUCAACGCACCGGUCAACGCGUCAGAGGCACGCUGAGGGAUCAGGCUGGUGGGUGGAGGAGGAGACUGAGUCAACGCUUGGUUGACCGGUCCAAUGCAGUGAGUACAGGUGGAGAUGGAUUACAGGACAGGGCAGAAACAGGUGAGGGAGCCUCAGCAGGUGUAGCUUCGGCAGGUGUAGCUUCGGCAGGUGUAGCUUCGGCAGGUGUAGCUUCGGCGGCAGGUAUAGCUACUGCAGGUGUUGCAACAAGUUCAGGUUCAGAGGAAACACGUCAGAAGCGGGUUAGGUUGCGGAUUCGAACCUCUUUAACAACGAAGGAGCAAGGGAAGACGCUCAGGAAACAUGCACAGGCGUUGAAACAGCAUUCCCAAGCGUUGACCCAGCUGGUCCAGCCGCUGCUGAAAGAAACAUUGAGGCAAAGAGCUGGGUUACUUGCGGAUGCUACUGCUGCCACUCCUGAAAGACUACGUGCUAUAAGAAAAGCUGCCACUGCUACUGUCAGCGUCUCUCUCUUAGCAACCACUGCCGCUGCGGCUGCUGCUGCUGCUCGUGGGGGGUUGGUGGUGGGUUCUGUUGGCGGCAGUGCUGCCUUUGCUCGGCAGAUUGCUAGGAGAAGGUACGCUGUUGAUGGUGGCGCCGCUGCAGUGGUGGUGGUGGGCAGUGAUGGAUAUGCCAUUGCGGAUGUUGCUGCUGCUGGUGAUGAUUGUAGUGGCUGUGGUUGUAAUGUGCUAGAGAGCGGUGCUGUUAGGGAGAGGGAUGGAGGUUAUAGCGAGGGGGGGUUUGGUGCGAAGGCGGGUGGUGUGACUAAUGGCAGAGGUGCUUCAAUGGAGGACCCACCAGACCCUACCGGACACUCCCAGGAGGGGGUGUGGGAUGAGGCAGUAGCGCGGGGCAUAUCGGAGGAGACAGUGAGGGAGGCUUUGGAAGGACUGCAGCCGCUGCCUGCUGUGGUGUCCAAGGUGACUGGUGCCGCGGAGGUGGUGCUGACUGCACGGCAGUACGUGGACAGGAUAGUGAGUGAUGCACGGGUGCUGGAAGGGAGGCAGGUGAUGGAAGCUCACAGGAAGCUUCUGGCGGAGAUCGAGGAGAUAUACGGCGUGCCGGCCAAUGUGAUGACUGCGCUGUGGGGCAUCGAGAGCAGCUAUGGGAAGAACAUGGGCAAGUGGGACGCCAUUCAAGCUUUGCUCACCCUUGCGUAUCGCACAAAGCAGCCCCGUCGUGCUGCCUUCUUUCGGGAAGAGCUGAUGGAAGCCCUUUCGAUCCUCCAGAACAACCACGGGCCUUCUGUAGCAACAAGAGGCCUUCCUGCUGUUCCUGCUGUUCCGGUUCCUGCUGCUGCUGCUGAUACAGCUGCAACGGCAGUGGGAGAGAGGAGGGUGCGGCUGCUGGGAUCGUAUGCAGGGGCGAUGGGUCAAUGCCAGUUCAUGCCUUCGUCUUUCAACGCAUAUGCUGUGGACUAUGAUAAAGAUGGGCGGAGAGACAUCUGGACUUCAGUUCCCGACGUGCUAGCAUCAAUGGCAAACUACCUCAAGUGCAACCGGUGGAGACGAGGAGAGCCGGUGGGGGUUGAGGUGGUCGUCCCCCCGGACCUCCCGCUCUCGCUCUUAAAGCCCGCCGUGAAACUCACCGUGGCGGAGUGGCAGCAGAAGCACGGACCCAUUGCUCACUCCACUUCUUCCUUUCUCUCCGGGACUGUUGCUCAUGGUUGCUCCGCCUCCACCUGUCUUCUAUCAAUCCGACCCCACCUCCCCCAGGUUGCACCUGACGGUCCAGCUGGCGUUGCUUACCUGGCAUGCCACAACUUCCAUGUCAUCCUGCGCUACAACCCCUCCUCGCUGUACGGGCUCGCCAUUGCUGAGCUGGCACGCAGACUGGGAUAA